AUGGAUUCAUCGGUUGCCUACCUAAUCUCUACUCUUUCCCUUAUUUUCAUCGUUCAAGAAUCAUCUAUUCUUGUAUUAGGAGACGCUGGAUUGAUCCAAUCUACUUGUCAAAAGACGCGGUUAUCUGAUCUCUGUACAUCUACACUAAAUGCCGAUCCGUCCAGUCAAGAAGCCAAUAUGCUAGGUCUAGCCAAUAUUACGGUUAAUGUUGCAAAAACCAGAGAUACGAACAUAUCAAAAUACAUACUCGACGAGCUUGUUAAAUCUUAUACUGAUGCAAACGCAGUUAAAGUGGUCACAGGAUGCAAUUCUUUUAGCUCAGCCACUCCUCCACUAGCUUAUCCUGAUGGAUUGGCACAAAGGCAACGCGAUUUUCAGAAUCUAUGUGGUGUUUCUACUGAUAUUGUCCAAGUGAUUAGGAACUCAAAUCCUUAG